UUAGGCGGGCCUUGAACUCACCAAGAUCCACUUGCCUCUUGCCUCCACUGGUGCUGAAAUUGAAGGUGUACAACUCCAUGCCUAGCCCUUCUUUUUCUUUUGAGGAAGGAUUUCUGAGUCCUAGUUGUGACUUGGGCGGCCUAAAGUAUUACUGUUGGUCCCCGCAGGGCAACAACUGUGCAUCACAAGGCCACACAUAGACAAGCAGGUUAUUGACAGUGCUCUACUGUUCAUGUUCUGCUGGACGGUUUGCUUUUCCUGUGCUUCUGGGGUAUGGACUCAUCUUCUGUCCACUCUGCACAGCUCUAAGAACGUACUAGGGAUUACUCCUGCCAGGAGUGAUGGCACCGGCUUGUAAUCCCAGAAGAGGCAGGAGGUUUGCUCCAAGUCCCAGAUAAGCUUGGGCUAAACAGAGAGACCCUGUCUCGAACCAAAGAAGUGUUCUUUUGUGCGACUCUCCUCUACUAACUGUCAACUCCAGGCCAGACAACACGGUGGGCUUUUGUAGCACGGAUAAUGUGGAGAGGGUGUGGCCUGAUAUUGUCUUCCCUAAUGAAGAUCCCUCUCCUGCAGGUGGCCGUCUGCCCAGUCCAGCACCAUGCACACACUUGUGUUCCUCAGCACACGGCAGGUACUCCAGUGCCAGCCAGCUGCCUGCCAGGCCCUGCCCCUGCUGCCCCGAGAACUCUUCCCCCUGCUCUUCAAGGUGGCCUUCAUGGACAAGAAGACGGUUGUACUGCAAGAGCUGGUGCACACAUGGCCCUUCCCACUGCUCAGUUUCCAGCAGCUGCUGCAAGAGUGUGUCCAUUGCAGCCGAGCCCUGCUGCAGGAGCGGCUCAGCACAGAGAGCAUGCAGGCUGUGAUCCUGGGCUUGACUGCCCGGCUUCACACUCCAGAAAAGGAGGCUGGCACGCAACCCCUUUGCAGGAAGCAUGCACUGCGGGUACUGGACAUGACUGGUCUUCUGGAUGACGGUGUGGAGCAGGAUCCUGCAACCAUGAGCAUGUGGGACUGCACAGCAGCUGUAGCCAGAACGUGUAUUGCCCAGCAGCAGGGUGGGACUGCUGAGCCAAGGCUAUCACCGGCCCCUGUGGAAGUUCGUGUAGACCUGCGGGUCAACCGGGCCUCCUACACAUUCCUUCGUGAGGCACUCCAGAGUAGUGUGGACAGCCCACUGCGGCUCUGUUGCCGGGACCUCCGGGCUGAGGAUCUGCCCAUGCGCAACACUGUGGCCCUGCUGCAGCUUCUAGAUGCAGGCUGUCUACGCCGUAUAGACCUGCGCUUCAAUAAUCUGGGCUUGCGUGGCCUGUCUGUCAUUAUCCCACACGUGGCCCGCUUUCAGCACCUAGCUAGCCUGAGGCUGCACUAUGUGCACGGGGACUCGAGGCAGCCUUCUGUGGAUGGCGAGGACAACUUUCGCUACUUUCUGGCCCAGAUGGGCCGCUUUAUCUGUCUUCGGGAGCUCAGCAUGGGCUCUUCUCUCCUUUCAGGCAGGCUCGAUCAACUGCUCAGCACCCUGCAGAGCCCCCUGGAAAGCCUAGAGCUGGCCUUCUGUGCACUGCUGCCUGAGGACCUCCGCUUCUUGGCUCAGAGCUCCCAUGCUGCCCACCUCAAGAAGCUGGAUCUGAGUGGCAAUGACUUGUCAGGGAACCAGCUGACACCCUUCCAGGGGCUGCUGCAGGCUGCCGCGGCCACGUUGCUGCACCUUGAGUUGACUGAGUGCCAGCUUGCUGAUGCCCAGCUGUUGGCCACACUGCCCACCCUGACUCGAUGUGCCAGUCUCCGCUACCUUGGUCUCUAUGGCAACCCUUUGUCUAUGGCAGGACUUAAAGAGCUGCUUCGGGACUCUGUGGUGCAGGCUGAGCUACGCACUGUGGUGCACCCCUUCCCUGUGGAUUGUUACGAGGGCCUUCCUUGGCCACCACCUGCCUCAGUCCUUCUGGAAGCCUCCAUCAAUGAGGAGAAGUUUGCCCGAGUAGAAGCUGAGUUACACCAGCUGCUGUUAGCUUCAGGCCGUGCCCACGUGCUCUGGACCACAGACAUCUAUGGGCGCCUGGCUGCUGACUAUUUCAGCCUCUGAUCUCCAGGGUCCUGAUGAGGGCUAGGACGAGAGCCUUUGGGACUCUGCUGGAGGCCCGACACAAGGCUUUCUUAGGUUCUCUGCAGUUUGCCUUGCUCCUGGGUGUACCUUGAGUCACCCAUGUUUUGCAGUAUCCUUCACCUGCUCCCACUGCCUGACCGACUGUUGGUAUCUUAGGACUGUACUCCCUCACCCUGUGUGGCUGCACUUGAUGGCUCUUCGGCGUUGCAGCCUCUCUGCAGAAAAGAGUCCCUGGGUACAUCCCGUGCCCUUAGAAGGAGUGCAGUAGAUGAGGUAGAGAUUAGGAUGAUCUGCUUUAGGGAGUCUUGGGAGUACCCCAUGUGGUCUGGGGCCUCAUGCUGUGUAUCCUGUCUGGCACCUGAGGCACCCUAUUACCCGACUCUGUGGGGUGCGAGCAAGGUACAAAGGUGCAGUUUCUGGAACUUGAAUCUAUGGGCUUUUUGUGGUGUGUGUGUCCUGACUGGAUAGGAAAGACUUGCCUACAUUUCUGGUGUUGCCUCAUCAUGGCAAGUUGCCAAGCAUCAUCCAAGCUACUGCCCCGCUUCCUCACUGUUAUCACACUAGUCCUACUGUCCAGAGCCAGCGUGGACUGCCGGAGCUGGCGUCUGGGGACACCUUAUCCACGGCCCCUAUCACCCACAGACCCCCGAUUCCCGACCUGACAACCCCAACACACUCCGCUCUGUAGCGCGAUUCCCGACCUGAAGGCCCCCACACACAGCCCUGUAGCGCGGCUUCAUCUUUACUAAUGAGCAUGUGCAGGGCUGCACCGGCCAAUCCCCGGUGCCCACGUCACUGACACGCGCGGCAGGCUUAGCAAUGGAUCUCAUAGGCGACACGUGGAGGGAGGCGUAGCCCAGACACGAGCCCUUCGGGAGGGUUUUGUUCGGGCGGCUCCUCAGGCGGUACCUCUGCGAAGAGGGGCUUGGAACGGUCGAUGACGAACAUCUCGUGUCCACGUUCAUCCCGGAAUUCCUCGAGCUGCGCAAAGGUGCAAGGCCCGUCUGAAUAGUCGUUGACGAAUAGUGUGCCUUCCCCCGGCGGCGCAGGCACCUUUUUCCGCCGGCGUCGGCGCCGGCAGAUCAUAGCAGCCAACAGCAGCGCGGUGAGCGCCAGCAGCGCGAUGGCCGCUGCGAUCGCCGUCUGCGUUGCUAGGCCCAGGGCACGGAAGGCCAUGCUGCCCGUCUCGUGCCGGGGCUCGUGUCCCACGGGGCGUGCAGCCGGGGCCUGCGGGGCGGGCGGCUGCUGUGACUGCUGCCGGGACGCGUUGACCAGGAGAUGAAAGGGCACACGCGCUUUGCCACCAGCAUUGGCGGCCUCGCAUUCGUACUUGCCGGCGUGAGCCAGUGUGAUGUUGGUGAGGAAGAGCAUGCCGCUGCCGGUGUCCCGGGUCGCAUGCCCACCCAGACCUGAUGUCCCACCUUCCAGCUGGGCUUGGGCUUGGGGUUUGCCAUCGCGAGGCUGGGGCACCUUUCUCCAGACCACCAGGGGCUGUGGGUAUCCCGAUGCCUGACAGGCUACCUGCAGGUCUUCCCCCAGGUUAGCUGUGAGCUCUGGGGGCUCCACGUUCACAGAGGGAGGAAUGCAGAUGAGGCUACCACCGGAUACUUCCAGUAGACUCUGUAGCGCCAGGCGAGGGGGCUCUGCACAUGUGAUCUUCUUGUCUCUGGAGCUCAGCAGCCGGCGGCCCCCCUCUUUGAUCCAAGAGCCCAGCCAGUGAAGGGCACAAUCACAACGCCAUGGGUUCUCUGUGUAGGGCAGAAUACAACCUAGGUAGAUGGGGUCCUGCUGAUCCAGACAGAAGCCCUUUCCCACCUCUUACAGAUGCCUAUGGAGUGCCAGAACCCCUUACCACCUCUUCCCUCAGUCCAAGUUCCUAGGAGUGUGUGUGAUCCCAGUUCCUGAAAGAGCAUCAGCUUCUCUGAAGUCCCAUUUUGCAAGCCUCCACGUCCUUGCAUAUUCCAGCCGCACUGAAAACCCUGUCGUCAAAUGCGCUCUCUCCAGGUUUUGCCUGCCUGCCCUCUGAGGACGAGUGGCAAGAGCCUCAGUUCUGUUAAGUUACUCUGUGGAACUGGUACUUGGCUUCCUUACACGGUGGGGUCCUUUACCAAGGCUGCAGGUUCUGGUGUGACCCUGCAGAGUAAUGCCCAUGGUCUGCCGACAGUAAGGCAAGACAGGAGGGAAAAUUACAGGGACACAGGAAGGGAGGCAAGUCUCCAGAGAAUCCGGUUGAAGCGUCUCACCAAGUGAGACUCAAGGAUUACGGCAGAAUUAACAUUUGCUUUGAAGACUGCCAACAUAACAGUAUUUCUUUUAAAUAUAGAAGAACGUUCAAGUAGCAGUGAACCAUACUUAAGGCAUAUAUAAAUAUGAUCUUCAAGAAUGACCUCACUCCUUUUGUAGGUAAUUUCUGGGGGAAUCACAAGACUAAACCUUUGUUUACAGUAAGGGCAUCUCCCCGGCAACCCUUGUUUCCUGGGGGGUUGCACUACCAUCUGUAACCCCAUCCAAGGCAGAGGAACCACCCUAUGGUCUCACUUAAGUUUUGUUUGUUUUAUUUUCCAGACAGGGUUUCUCUGUGUAACCCUGCCUGUCCAGGAUCUCGAUCUGUAUACCAGAGUAGCCUUGAACCCAGAGAUCCUCCUGCCUCUGUCUCCCGAGUGCUGGAACGAAAGGCUUGCACCACCGUACCCAACUCACUUAUGUUCUUUAACCAUCCUUAGAGAUGUAACUUCUGAAGCCAUCAAAACCAGUGUAUGUGGCUGCUGUCAAGGCGCUGGUGACUGUAAAAUCCACACCAGUGCUCUUGUGUGUCUUUCGUCCACAGCACCUGUCUUAACUCUCUUGUUUUACAUCUGUGUUAAUGUCCCCUUUAAUAAAC